GGCCGGGCGUCACAGGUCCUGACAGGGAAGAAGUGGACAGGUCCUGGCAGGAGAGAGCUGUGGCACCGGCAGCUCCUGGUGUUGGCGGCUUCAGUGGGAUGGAGCCGCGACUUACUGAUGUCGGGGCCGGUGAAGCUGAGCAAGUUGCAGGCGGGAGCCCGGCAAGUGGCAACGCCGCUCGGGGGCCCCAAGUCUCGGCGGCCUUGGCAGCCUCUCGCUGGAAGCUCCUGCGGCAGGUUCUGAGGCAAAACCACCUGGAUGAUGGUCUUCGGCACCUAUCUGUAAGAAGAUUUGAAUCAUUUAAUCUGUUUUCAGUAACAGAAGCCCCCCAAAAGGAGACAGAAGAGGAAACUGGUACAUGGGUCCAAUAUACAAGUGUCUUCUAUCCUGAAUACAGUGUCUCCUUAAGACAUAAUAAUGGACCCCUGAAUGUUGAAGAUGUUCUUACCAGCUUUGACAAUACAGGAAAUGUUUGCAUCUGGCCGUCUGAAGAGGUUUUAGCUUACUAUGCUGUCAAGCACAAGGAUAUAUUCAGAGACCUUGCUGUGUGUGAGCUAGGGGGUGGCAUGACAUGCUUGGCUGGGCUCAUGGUUGCUAUUUCUGCAGAUGUCAAAGAAGUUCUGUUAACUGAUGGGAAUGAAAAGGCCAUCAGAAAUGUAAGAGACAUCAUCACAAGGAAUCAGAAGGCUGGUGUAUUUAAGACUCGGAAAAUAUCAAGCUGCGUUUUACGAUGGGAUAAUGAGACAGACGUCUCUCAACUGGAAGGACAUUUUGACAUUGUUAUGUGUGCUGACUGCCUGUUUCUGGACCAGUACAGAGCCAGCCUUGUUGAUGCAAUAAAGAGAUUACUCCAGCCCAGGGGGAAAGCAAUGGUAUUUGCCCCACGCCGAGGGAAUACUGUAAACCAGUUUUCCAAUCUAGCUGAAAAAGCGCGUUUCUCUAUCCAAAGACAUGAAAAUUAUGAUGAACACAUUUCAAACUUCCACUCCAAGUUGAAGAAAGAAAACCAAGACCUGUAUGAAGAAAACCUUCAUUACCCACUUCUGCUGAUUUUAACGAAAAAUGGAUAG